GUUGGAGCGGAUUUGGUGCGGUUCAGUUUGCUUGGGGGAGAGUUGCACCAUCCACCAUCCACUUGGAUCCCUGGACAUGGUUUUGGCUGGGGGUUUGGCGACUCCCAGGAGCUGCGGGCGUACAUGUUCCUCUUCGUGGAGGUGGCCUGCCUAGGCCAUGGGGCGGCGGCCUGCCGCCGGCUCCGAGGAUGCCUGUGGGAGGACGUGGCUUUCUGGAAGGCAUACGCUGGCGUGUGCCUGGCACGUCAGCCCGUGCGUGAUGGCCCUGCAAAACUCAGGGAGCGGUUCCGCGUGUGGCUCUUCCACUUGGAGGGCCACUGGGCCAUGGACUUUGCAAAUGCCGCCGCUCAGGACCGGCAGGCGGAGUUCGGCGCCAACUUCCUGCAGCUCUUCAGCGACGCCAGGUACAUCGCGUCGGGGCUGAUGCCCUGGGACAAGGGCCCAGAGGUGGACGCCUUCGCGCAAGUGGCGUGCUCUCUGCUCUCGCAGUACAACCCCAAGCAGCUGGACGAGCGCUGGGCGGCUGAAAGCCUCAUCUCCAAGGUGGAGCAACGCUGUGACGUGUUCAUGGAGGACCAGGUCGAAAGGGUGACGCAGGCCUUCGAGGAGUCCCUUGAGAAGUCCAUGCUGGAGCAGCAUUUGCAGGGAGCGGAAGACGCAUCCUUGACGGAGCCGCUGCCUGAGGGAGCCUGGCAAACUUGGGACCUGGAGGAGGAGUCGGAGGAAGACUUUCCGGGCAUGGAUGAUUUCGCAUGGCCAUCACCCACACAGUCGGAUACCGACCGCUCUGAUCAUUGACUUCGCAGGCGGCAAAUCCGCUCCCCGGCUUUGGGAUUUCAGGAACUGAAGCCCAGCCCAGAUGCGUUUUCUGCAC